GGUCAACACGCUACACGUUUAUUAAGCACAUUUUCAUCCACUCUUAUUUUCUACUGUCAGUAUUAACACCUUGCUUUACAUAUAUUUAAACUUCGUUUAAAGUAAAUUGUUAUAAAUUAGUGCCUUAAGUGCAACACAACAGACUACUCGUGCCAGCUUAAAUAAAUCAAUAAUAGAUAUGCUACAAGUGGUCUCAAUUUAGUGCAUUCAACUGUGUUCCUAACUAAAUAAUAACGCGUGACUUGGACAGCUUGGGGUCAUUCUUUGUCUACCUUGGUCUUCGAAAACGUGCAUUUUUUCUUUGUUACUUAAUUACCUAAAAUCCGAAUACAUUGCCAAAAAUCAGGUGCAGCUUUACCAUUUUUGUGAAUUUUUUAUCAAACCAUGGAUUGUAAGGAUUUCUCGAGAACAUUUUACAAUAAUUUCGCACGAGGUUAACUGAAAGAGUUCGUAAAAAUUUCAACAAAAACAAUAAUUGUUUGUCAGGAUUUCUAUUUUCGAAAGUGUUAUUAAGGUAUCUCAGAUUUCGAAUAGUCAUCAUCUCACUGCAUGAAAAUGGAGCAACUAUUGUCCGAUUUUUCCAUCUACAUUUGUGCCACUCUGACUCCGCUUCUGACCGCUGUGAUUGCCACCAAGACUUUUUUAAGAUUCUACGAUCAGAUUAUUUCCGGUGUGAGAAUAUGCAUUUUCAGACAAUUGAAGACACACAUUGAAGAUUGGAUACUGGUUUUAUUCACCACUUUUUGGCUCGUCUUUGUCAGCCAGCCAUACGCACUUUGCGUCCUUUGGAGAUGGUCGGUCAAAUGGUACAUGAAAAUUUGCUACGGCGAACUCGGCGACAUUACAACCGGAGCUGAUUCGACAGGAUCCUUGGACACGCCAGAAUCUCGUCAAAUUAUAAAAUCGCUCAAAGUUCUCCGAGGCAAGUGUGACAUUGCAGAAUUGAGAAAAAGGGUGGAGCAAACGGCUCGCAAAAUUAAUCCUGCAACAGGAAAAUUGGCACAUCCCAAAUUCCACCAGUAUUUGGAAAUCAGAGGAGGUUUUUAUUGCUGGCGACCUUCAAAACCGUUGGACAUCAACCACCACGUCCGUUUUGCCGAAGGGCUUGACGAAUCCAGCAAAUCCAUCGGGGAAACCGAACUCUUGGACAUUGUGUCAAAAUACUCAAAUACGGAAUUUCAAGAGGGGAGAAGUCUCUGGGAAAUAAUCGUGAUCCCAAAACUUCAUUACGAACAUGAAGAAGGCAAUGUGGAAAAUGCGGAUGAGAAAUUCGCCAUUCUCGUCCGAAUCAGUCACGGUCUGGGGGACGGGUUUUCAUUUUUAAAACUGGUCAUGCGAGACAUGGCGGGUGCGAAUCAGGAGGACUACGUCCCACCCCACAGACUACCAGAAAAUCCAUGGCUCAAAAAGAUCUGUAUCUGGUUGUACCUCUUCUUCAAAACUCCGAGAGCUUUUUACAGCGAGUUGAUCUUCAUGGACGAUAAUCCUCUUCACAAUCCAGACUUGGUUCUAAGUGGGGAGAAAGUUCACGCCUGGGCGAAACCCGUAAAUGUCAAGUGGCUCAAGAAACUCAAAACCAGGCUGGGAUGCGGAAUGAAUACCAUUUUAUUAAACACCUUGAGUUCUGCUUGUCGUCGGUACAUGAUAAGUCGGGGCGUCGCGGAGUCCGACCUCCCCAAGAACAUCCACACCAUAAUUCCAGUACCUGCCCCCAACCACCCGAGUGACCAGAUCGUCAACAAGUUCUCCAUCGUCUAUCUCCCACUGGAGUUGCAAAAGUCAAAAACGGUGGAACGAUGUCGUGAAAUUGAGAAGCAGAACCGAAUAAUGAGCAUGUCCCCACAUUGCUACCUCAACCUCUUUCUCAUGGAUUUGCUCUGCGUGUUCAACGUGGCUUUCUCGAGGUGGUUGAUAGUCAAUAAGCAGUGCACCUUGGUCAUUUCUAAUCUACCAGGGCCAACUAAACCCAUUACAAUCUGGGGCUAUCCUAUGGUCGAUACGAUGUUUUGGCUGCCGAAUGUGGGCAGUUCAGGGGUUUCCGUCUCGUUCUUGUCGUACGGAGAGAAAAUGAGAUUUGGAAUUGCCGUGGAUGCCGGAGUCGUUCCCGAGAGGAAAGAAGGGGCCGAGUUAAUCUUGAAAUGGAUGAUUGAUGACUUAAAGGCCCUCGCCGCCUCGAUAAAUCUCUCCUCCGAUGAGGCCACCAUGUUCAUCGACCUUGCUGUUGAAAGUGGUCGAGGACAGUCUCAAGUGAUGGGAAAAAAGGACAGGGACGAAAUUGGAUCAGAAGAUUGCGGGUAUGGUGGAGAACCGUCGGAUAUUUCGUCACAGGAUGACGUUUCCUCGCAGGAUGACACCGACGAAGAUUUAGAGGAGCAACUAACCAUCAAACUGGAGGAGGAAAGUGUGGGUUUCAAGAAGAAAGGAGUUUUGCAUUCCGAGAGUAAGAAUAAUAAUGAAAAGGAAGACGAUUCUUCGGAGAAGGAUUUGGUGGAUAAGCGAUUUAUGAUGAGCCAGUCUCUUCCCGUUGUAAAAUCACAGCCUGUUGGGAAACGCAAAGGUGGAGGAGGGGCACGCCAUCGAAAUAACUUGUCGAAAGCUUCAAAAUGUUGAGGAUGGCCCCAUAUUUUAUCGUAAAUUGUUUGGUGCAUGUCUUUAACAUGAUAUUAUAUUAAUUAUUUAAUUAUACUGUUAAUUUACUAAUUUUAAUAUAUAUUCCAACGUCAAAUCGCUCAUCGCAUAUAUCAUAAUAUCGUAUUAGCAUUUUUGAUGCAAGUAAUUUUUAGUUAAUAUAAAAACAUUUGUGAUAUGAUAAUUAUAAGUCAAUGAAAAAUAUGCACAUGGGAAAUAAAAUAGAGAGCAAACACUCAAUAA